UUAUUAUUCCAAUAUCAAUAUUUGUCAGCCACUUUGAUAUUAUUCAAUAAAAUGUCUAUUUUACUUAAACUUUUGCUGACUCGUUUUUGGUCCAAAAUCUAUUUUCGAUUUAGGAAGCAUAUCGUUUCUAUACGUAUAAAUUUAUGUGUUGAAUUCGUAUCGUUCUAUUGUUUGGAAUAUGAUACUGCUCAUGGAAUGGAGUACGAACGAGUCCUUGACACUGUUUUAUUCUUUGUAACUUGUAACAUUAAUUACUAGACCAAAUGAACAAAGAAGAAGGAUAUACGAUUUUUCCUGUGUACUCAUGUUCUCUGCCUUUAAUUUCUUCGGAAUUAUAAUAAAUGUAUGAAAUAAAUAUUGUGCAAGAAAUAUUUUUUAAAAAAUAUUUUUUUAAAUGUUUAAGUGAGCAAAGUUUAUUGUGGAUUUGACAUUUAUUGAGCGCCUCAAUUAUCUGAUCGAUGGUUCGCGUCUCUAAUUAUUCGUUUACCUUCAUCCACGGAGAAUAACGUGCGAGGGAGAGUACUCUGUCCGACUCGUCGUCUCUCAGUGUUCAUGCAAACACGUGCACUUUAUUUGCUUUCAGUGUUCGUGCGAACACGUGCUUUAUUUGCGUUUUCUUCGUGUUUCAGGAAUGGCACCUUUAGGAACGUACGCUUCAGUAAUGCCCGUUUUAACUAUAAAAUCAGAAUCGUCUGCUUCAGGAAUAGCUGAUUCAGAAACGAUUGAUCCAGAAAAGCCCUGUUAUAGAAGGCCUUCCUUAGAAACGCUACAAUUAGAUCCGCUCGCUUUCGAAACGCCUCAUUCAGAAACGACUGACUUAAAAACGAUCGAUUCAGAAAGGCUCGCUUAUGGAACGCCUGUCUCAGGGACGCCAAAAUUAGAUCCACUCGCUGCCGAAACGCCUCAAUCAGAAACGGUCGACUUAGAAACUAUCGAUUCAGAAACGUCCGCUUCAAUAACGCCCACUUCAGGAAUGGCCGCUUCAGGAACGUUCUUUUCCGAAAUGAUCACGAAAAACUCGUUAUCAAAGCGGUCAAUAUCGGACACGCCUUCCGAAAAAUAUGACGGAAGCCCUCGAUGCCAUCAACAUCGGGAUUUCUUCCCUGAAGAAAGCAGAGCAGGCACUAUUAGCGAGUCUACAAGCCACAUCAAUUGCGAAAAUAAACUUAACAAUCUGGAACCGUCUGGAAAAUUGUUGUGGAUUGAAAAUUAUAAAUGCUGCAAUUGCGGCAAGUUAUAUGUGUCCGAACUUCGCCUUGUAAAGCACAUGAAAGAUUCCUGCGUUCAGAAAUGUUGUUCAUAUUGCAGCUAUAAGACCUAUCGCACAUGGAAUUUGAAAGCGCACAUGAAAAGGAAACAUCUGCUUUAAUGACGAUCGACUUCUUCGUGAUGACUUUUAUAUCCAAAAUACAUUCGCAAUUAUCCAAAGACGGACUUGAAACUAGUCAUGUGGAAGCAUCAGUUUACUUAACCUUUUUCGCAACGAAUGGCCACUAUAAUGGCCGCUUGUUAAAUUGUCAUUGUACACGAAUGGCCACUGUAGAGGUCGCUCGCAAAGCUUCUGUGUGUAAAAAUUAAUGACAAAACAAAAUCGAAAUAAAAUUAUGUUCUGAAGAUCAAUCUCUGCUCUAUCUUUGUGCGAGUUCCAUCUGUCAUAUAAUGUACGCGUUUUGUUCUCUUGUACAGCGAUAGCGUAGUGGUGGCUCCGAAAGGGGUUCACUUUUGUUAACUCUUUCGGAUCAGAACUCCCUUUACAGUUUGGAAACAUAUUGUUUCUAUACGUACAAACAUUCCAGUCGAAAUAGGGCCCUAUUUUAUAUAUGCUAUCUCAUAAGUCCCUCUUUUCUAUAAAUUUAAAAUAUAAAAAUGUAAUAAUGUAGAGUCGGAAUGUAAGCGUGUAAUGUAGAUUAGGAAUGCUCUGUGGUAUUUAGGUGUUAUCUUUUAGAAACAAAUUUUAUUUAAUUCAUAUUUCGGGUGCGUUGAAAUUUCAUUAUGUGUAGUUAUAAGAGAGGAACCCCUAAAAAUAUUAUAAUAAUAUAUUAGUAUCAGGCCCCGGAAAGUUAUCACACGGCCCUCGACAUUAUUUGAAUACUCUAUUUUGUAUACAUUAGAAUAUAAUAACUAAAAAUUAAUUAUUAACCCUUUGCGGACGCGUGUCGGCAAAUAGCCGUCCAUGCCUAUCUAUCGUUUUGAGCGACAAGGCACGCAGUAUCAUAAUAUAAUAAACACAUAGCACCAUAAUGUAGUACUUACGGGACGUUUUUUUUUUUUUUUUGGAAGAAACUCAGACCUUCUUGAUGUAUUGUUUAUCUUCCUUUAGUAGAUUUUCUUGGCUGCAUGCCGCGAUAUCUCUCGCCCUUAGCGACAUUCGCUCGCCAGAUGGACCCGUCAACAAAGGGUUAAUAUAAUAUAUUAAUAACAAAGUUAUAUAUAUAUAUAUAUAUAUGAUAUUAAUGUUUGAGAGUUUCAUUGAUGUUCUUAAAUAAAAUGUCUACGCAUUUUACUUAACACUCUUGCUGACUCGUUGCUUCAGUCCAGAACCUGCUUUAGAAAUGUGUCGUUUCUAUAUGUACAAAUUUACAUGAAUUCGUAUUGUUUAAUUGUUUGGAACUUAUAUUGCUUAUGGUAUCAUGUGAACGAAUCUUUGGAAUCCAUAAGAAUUUGUUAUUUAUAAUUCGUAAUAUUAAUUAUGUAAUCGAACGAAUGAAGGAGAGGGAUAUACGAUUUUUCCAGGAUAUCCACAUCUUCUCUCUUGAGCUCACAUGGAAUUGUGACAAAUGUAUCAAAGGAGAUGGAGUAACAACAACGUUCUUUUUAAUUGUUUGAAGCGAGUGCUUCUCGAUUUGAUGUUUGCCGAGCGUCUCGAUUAUCUCAUCAAUCGUUAAUUGUUCAUCAAUUUUUCCCCGCGAAAAAUUUCGCGUGAAGAAGAGGACUCUGUCGGACUCGUCACCUCCCAGUGUUCGAGUCCGCGCAAAUACGUGUACUUUACUCGCGUUUCCUUCAUGUUUCAGAAACGCGUACUUCCGAAACGCACUUACGAAACGUGAAGUAUAUGAGAGGAGUGCCGAAACAUGUGAUGAAGGCGAUUGAAGCCGUUGUCAGCGGGAUGUCUCUGAGAAAAGCCGCGGAGAUGUACUCUAUAUCCAAAUCGGGUUUACAUCGAUACAGCAAAAAGCUCAUCCCCGAUUCUACGCGGAGGACCUAUAGCAGGCAAUGUAAAGCGUACGCGAGGGUUUAGUGAAAGAUAUGGAGCUAUUUUUUUUACUUUUGAAAUAACGAGGAAAUUAUCUUCUUAAACGAAUAAAGAGAUCUAUUUUUCGAUCGAAUACGCCAUUUUAUUCUUAUUUCGUGCACCGAAACUGAAUGUUAGGAUUACAUUUGGAACGAAUGGUCAUUAUACACGAUGAUUCGCAUGGCGUGAUUAUGACUUAUGACUACGACUUAUGACUUAUAAUGCGAUAAUGCAAUAAUUAAUAAUGCGAUAAAGAAUGGCCUGGGAUGUUGAUAAAAUUAAAAAGAAAAUUUAGAAAAUGAAAUACAAUUUUUCACGAAAAAUUUUGCUUCUUUAAUUAUUGUGAUACAUUAUACUGUAUGUUACUGUUAUAUUGUUUUGUAAAAUUUUUAAGAUACCUCAAGAUUGUAAAGAUAAAAAAAAUGUUAAAAUAAAAAUAUAGUGACUUUUGUAUUCUGUGAUGUAACUGAAUAAAUCAAUCUUGGACAAUCAAUAUUUCAUUCGAUUUACAUGGAUUACGGCGAAGAUAUUGAAUAAGGCCGGUCCAUAUUAAUAAUCCACUUAUUAAAGAAACACGGGAAGAUGGGAAGCGGCGGAUGGAAAAACUGAUCGUCAGUCGGGAAUGUCCGAAUUGAUCAAGGAAUCCCUACUAACUGUUAUGGAUGUGUUUGUUGCAGUUCCGAUACGCUCGGCGUGUUACCGAUGUCCACUCCGUCGCAAACUUUACCGCCGCAAAACAUUCCUAGUCGGACGCGUGGCUAAAUGUUCUGCGUAAACCACAGGUGAUCAGCAAAGUAGCAGAAACGGCGAUCUCCAACGUGCCAACCAAAGUCGACCGGACUACGCCACUUUAAUUUCCAAUGCAACCGUCAAUGGUGAUUUAUACACGCUUUAAAAUUAAAGAAGCGAUGUCCACGAAAUGCAUUGGAGGGAUUGUAAAGGUUUCAGAAGAUCUGCGAUCCUCGCGACAAGAUCUUCAGCAGAAUUCUAUUUGCAAUCUUACGUUCCUGCCACACGUAACAUAGAGAGAGCACAUUUGACAAUUUUAAUCUCGGUGAGUGUAAAAAUAUAAACUCAAAGUUACAACUCCUUAAUGCAAGAUUUUUCUACGACUAGAAAAAUAACGUAAAAGUACUAAAAUAAUUGUUUAAUAUUGUGUUAUAUCGUAAUUUUAGUGCAUUUUUGUUUUCUCAUGUCCGAGUUAGCACGGGCACACGCAUAAUAUAAAAUGAAGCGCUGUCUUAAUUAACUCGGGCUUGCACGUUAAGGGUUUUCAACAACUUCCUCCUUGCAAAUAGAAUUCUGCCGUUUUUGUAUUUUGUUGGCAACUUUGUAGACACGCUUGAAUUUUUGGGGAACGAUCGAACAUACGAACGAUCGAUUCACGAAGUUACUUGUGUUGGGUUAUGUGUCAGAAUCAAUAAAUAUACCCAACGCUGAGUGUAUCAUUUUCCUUCCCAACAUUCCUCUCGCUCUUCCGCUGUACAUACCAUCGUCCGGCAAGACUAAUUGUGAUGUAAAUGAAAAUGACGCGAAUGGUGCUGACUCUCUCACGUGAUGUGAUUUGGCAUGAGAUGUAUUCGUACUGCGGAAGUACGCUUGCGAGAGCUGUGCGAAGGGGUGGCGUGUAGCGCGUGCUUCUAGCCAGAGGCGAUCUAUACGACGAGCAGAUACCCAAACUAGAUACUUAGACAUCGCCGAUGGGAGUCUGCCCUCCUUUAUCCGCACGCUAUGCACGAAUUUGCGAAUGGGAGAGUCGCGGCGAGUGUCGACGAAUUUCUCUAACCGCACACCCUCGUAUUCUUCUGUUUUCCAGAUACACGCUCGGUGGGCUACCUGAAUUGUCAG